ACGUUAUUUUUACUGUAGUUUAAAAUUUGAACAGGAACAGAUUUUAGCGGGAAAAAUCUUUGAUUUACUAUUAAGUUGGCACUCAAAGAUAACGGUCGCUGGCCGUUUGACAAGAAAACCACUGGUUUUUAAAUUACCAGCUGAUAGGUUUUUGAACAGUGUUCUAGUGCUUCGAGCUUAUAAUUUUAAUGAAGGCCUUAAUUUUAUUUAUAUUUGCGUUACUCGUGCAUCCACACAUAGCUGAUGCAUUUAUUAAAAAUUAUGUUAAGAAUAUUGGAGAAUAUUUUGGAUAUAAACAAGGUGAAAAUGAAAUUAGUGAGAGUGAAUUUCAUCAAAGAAUACCGUACGAAGUGUCUACAGUUGAUGAAAAAUUCAUAAGUGAAGCUGCUAAACUUACAGGAGUUGCCCUAUCUGAAUUGGAUUCUUGUCAACACAGGGUUGUAUUAAAAUUAAAAACUGAUUGCCACAAGAUGAAUGAUGAAGAUGUAGCAAAAAUGGCAGUUCACCUAUUAAAUUGUCAGUCAUAUGUGGAAGGAAGACAAAUGUUUCCUUGCUCUGAUGACAUGGGCAUAAAGGAGUGUACAACUAAUAUGGAUUCAGACACAUGGACCACCUACCAUUUGAUGAGUAAUAGAGCAAGGGCAGUUUGUUAUACUAUCAGACAGAGCCAGUUUAGAGGUUUGGCAGAAAAUACUGUUAAUAGACUCAUGGAGGCUGCUAAGGAUCAAUUGCAGACAUUAGGCAAAAUUGCUUACAAUCAAGAGAAUCUUAGAGAAAUGGCAGAAACUACAUAUGAAAAGCUUACAGAAGGUCACGACGCCCUUUCUAAACAACAAUCAGAUAUUCGAAAAGCUCAAUUCCAAGGGCAAUUGGCAAUUGAAGACAACAUUAGACGUUUGGCUGAUGAGAAACGUUUAAUCCUGGAGACUCAUAAUGAAAUAAUUCAAAUGACUAAAUCAAUGGAGGAGAAGCUGCAACAGGCAUCUUCCCAAAUGGACAAUCAAAAUAAUGAAAGUAAAAAUAAUCAUAAACAGUUAGCAGAAGACUUGUUAAAGAUUCAAUCUAAAACCCAUGAAGUGUUUCACAGGCUAGAUGAAUUUUCACAUUUGAUGGUGGAGCAAAACCGACAAUUUAAAAAACAAUACGAAUCGACGUUGAAAAAUCUGGCUGAAGUCAACAGGACAGUUCACAACUUGGUGUCUUUGGUUGGUGGUACUCGGCAAGCCCUAGAGGAAAGGCUGUCGUGGUUAACCACCGCUUUAGGUGGCACCGAUUUGGCCAUUGAACGUUUGUACAUCAUUCUCUGGCAUUUUGGCUUUAUGUUGCUGGCGAUGUUGAGUUGCGCCUUCUUAACUGCCAAGCUGAGCACACGAAUUGCGGUUGUCAGUUUGCCUCCACUCAAUCUCGCGUUGGCUUUCUAUGGUGAACAACACUACUUGGAUCCAAUAAGUUUGUUGGCAGCUAUUGGAGUUUUUGUAUUAAUUCAAUCAACGGUUACAUACGCAUUAAAUCACAAGAAAAUCAUAAAACCAGCGUUAUCAUGGCCAAAAAAGAAUAAAAGCACAACUCCUGUGAAUAAUACUCCUGACAGAGAUGAAUAUUCCACAUUGAACAAUGCAACAUUCCUAAGUACAAAAAGCUUUGAUGAAGAUGAAGAAGUGCAAUUUACAGAGCACAGGGAGAGCUUUAGAAAUUUGACACCACCAUUGUCAAGAAAUGGGUUCUAUUCGCCUAGGUCCAGAUCGGGAAGCAGAACACCGUCGUUAUAUUCCAACGGGUUGUUAAAAUCAGAUUGUCAGGCUAUGACACGUCAAGGGACACCCUGUAAACUUUCUGCACUUUAUGGUAAACAAUAUUGCUAUAGACAUGAAAAGGGUGACUCCGUUUUAAGAUAAUGUUCGAUUAUUUAUAUUUAUCCACACAGUUUAUUUUCUAUUUUAAGGAAUUGAAUGUAAAAUUACGUUUAUUUGCAAACGUUACAAGUAACGUUUUUUUCUAUUUAAAGAUCAAUUCAAAUACAUUAGGGGAUUAUUAGAAUUACAAUGUAUCAUUAAAAUUGCCUAAAUAGUGGACAAAUUAACGUAAUUUUGGUUGUAUGGAGCUAUUUUUAAUUAUUUAAAAAUUACAUAAUAAUUUAGGCCGAGUUUUAGGCCAUUUAGGUUUUACAUUAUUUGGGGUAGAAUUUUAAUUUCAUGGCUGUUGGUAUAUUUAUUGGGUUUUUUUCUUAUUUUUUACACAUUGUACCUUAAUUUUAAGUUUGAGCUAGUGAGACGAGAUUACAAUGAAUGUAACAAUUCUAAUUAUGUUCCUAGUCAUAUUUUUUUUUCUUAUAUUUUAUUUCAAAUAUUUUACAUGCUGUAUAUUUACUUUUUUAUUUAUUUAACAAUAUUCGAAUAAAUAAACAAAAUCUAUAUUUUGUUUUUAAUCCGAAUGCGCAACAAUUUGAAUAAUGCAAAAUAUUUCAUUUUAUUUGUUGCGAUAGUCAACUAUUAUUUUUUUGUAAGUUAUUCGCAAAUGAAGUCACUGUCAAUUAUGAAUUAUUCAUUAUAAGAGUCAUACAUGUGUACAUAUUAUGUAAACAAAUGUUUUUUUUUCUUCAAAUUACAUAUACACAUAUUAAACUAAGUCAUAAUUUAUUAUCCACAAAUAUAUCUAAUUGGUGCAUAUACAGAGGCCUUACAUCAUUAAACUGAAUCAAAUUACCUUAAGGUCAAAUUAUAGCCCUAUUUUCUAGGAUAAUUUUUACUCUAUUUAAGAUAAAAGGUAUACAACUUGUUGUAAAUUAACACAUUUUUCCAGCUAUUUUCUAAUUGGAAUACAAACAAUUUUUCAGAGUUACCUAAUAUUAUUUUUACAUAUUUGUAUAGUACCUGUAUUCCAAAAAAGGACCAAUAAAAUGCUAAAAAUAUGAAA